CUCUUCCAAGACUUUGUCCGAGUCAUAGCAACUUCACGCACAUUGGGCAAUCAGACUUUUGUCGAUACAAUCCAUACCAUGAAGCUCGUUCAAAUCGUUUAUCUCACAAUCCUUGCCACUUCCAGUACUACUAUGUUUACCCCAGUGGCAGCGAUGCCUCCGAGUCGUGAAGUAAUAUUCUGUGUAUCAUACGGCAAAACUAAGGAGGAUUUACAUUGCACACAAGGGAAAUUUAAAAUCGCUAUGUGUGCCAAUACUGCCAGAGGAUGGAUUUGGAGAUGCUGUGUGCCGCCGCUUCAUGUAUCACCAGAUAGUACCUCUUAUCACUGUAUGAAGUAGGAACAAUGAAUUUCAGCGGUUCGAGCACUGAGCCAAUGA